AUGGCGACUGCAUCUCAGGUCACACUAGAAAUAUCUCCUCUGCGGGACUGGCACUGGCACUCUCCGCUGGCACCCUCGUCUUCACCUUCAUUUUCACUUCCGCUCGCCGCCGCCACGUCUUUCAAAUCUAGCUCCUGCGCCUUCAGCCUCUCUUGCCAUCACAACCCCAUCUCCAGCACAACCCCAUCUCCAACACAAUCCCAACUCCAACACAACCCCACCUCCAGCACAACCCCACCUCCAGCACAACCCCACCUCCAACACAACCCCACCUCCAACACAACCCCACCUCCAACACAAUCCCAACUCCAACACAACCCCACCUCCAAACCCAACCCCACCUCCAACACAACCUCGCCUCCAACACAACCCCACCUCCAACACAACCCCACCUCCAACACAACCCCACCUCCAACACAACCUCGCCUCCAACACAACCCCACCUCCAACACAACCCCACCUCCAAACACAACCCUACCUCCAAACCCAACCCCACCUCCAAACCCAACCCCACCUCCAACUCAACCCCAUCUCCAACACAACCCGAUCUUCAACACAACCCCACCUCCAACACAACCUCGCCUCCAACCCAACCCCACCUCCAACACAACCCCACCUCCAAACACAACCCUACCUCCAAACCCAACCCCACCUCCAACUCAACCCCAUCUCCAACACAACCCGAUCUCCAACACAACCCCACCUCCAACACAACCUCGCCUCCAAACACAACCCCACCUCCAACACAACCCCACCUCCAAACUCAACCCCACCAAACCCAACCUCGCCUCCAACACAACCCCAUCUCCAACACAACCUCGCCUCCAGCACAUCUCCACCUCGACCAAGACCGCGGCUUCCCUUCAUCUCGAUUUCUUCAAUUUCCCACCGAGUAUUCCCCGAGGGUUCGGAAGCUGA